CUUACGAUCUUUUGCUUCUUUUUUGGGCGUAAAUUUUGAAGGUUUUGUCUCGGAAAAAUUAGUAGAGUUUAAUAAAAAAAAUUCAUUAAAUGAAAAGCUUUUUCUUUUCUUCGAGGCUCUCUGCCUGUCUUUGGCUCGGCUUUUCGUUCUCACACUCUUUCUCUCUCUGUCUUUCAAACGCUUAUGCAUUCAGUGAAUGCCUUCCACCUACUUAAAAACCCAAACCCCUUUCCCUGCGAAUCAAAACUAGGGUUAGGGUUCCUUCAUAUUUCAGUCCACGACCAUAAACCAAACCAACACUCUCCAUCUCUAUUUUUACACUUUUGCUCUUGAAGUAAACGAUGAAGCGAGCAAAAUUUGACUCGUUAGUGUCGCUGAGUCGGCUCAAGCUGGUUCAGUUCUUGAUGGGGGUUUUGUUUCUCUACCUUCUUAUGUUCAUGAGCUUCGAAAUCCCGCUGGUUUUCAAAACUGGUUCCGGAGGGUUCUUCACCGACACAUUGCCGAGGCCUUUGUUUCUCGAGAGCGAAGAGGACUUCACCGACAAAUCCGCAUCCGCUCGGCCUGUCAACGACCCGGACCGUGUCCGCCAACCCGGAAGCCGGACACCUGAGCGGAAAAUGCGGGAGUUCAAGAAAGUUUCGGGUCUCCUCUUCAACGAAAGCUCUUUUGACAGCAACGAUUCUAAAGACGAGUUCUCGGUGCUCCACAAAACCGCACGACACGCCUUCGUUGUUGGCAAGAAACUCUGGGACGACCUCCAAUCGGGUCAAACCAAUUCGGAUUCAGAACCCGAACAGCAAAAUCAAAACAAAAACCGAACCGAAUCAUGUCCGGGUUCAAUUUCCUUAUCCGGGUCGGAGUUCGUGAACCGGGGCCAUAUCUUGGUCCUGCCCUGUGGGUUAACGUUAGGGUCCCACAUUACGGUGGUGGGGAUGCCGCAUUGGGCGCAUGCAGAGUAUGACCCGAAAAUCGCAGUCUUGAAAGAAGGUGAUGAGGCAGUGAUGGUAACGCAGUUUAUGAUGGAAUUGCAAGGGUUGAAGACCGUGGAUGGCGAGGAUCCACCGCGGAUUCUUCAUUUCAAUCCGAGGUUGAAAGGAGAUUGGAGCGGCAAGCCCGUGAUCGAGCAAAAUACUUGUUAUCGAAUGCAGUGGGGAUCGGCGUUGAGGUGUGAAGGGUGGAAGUCUAGAGCUGAUGAGGAAACAGUUGACGGACAAGUUAAAUGUGACAAAUGGAUUCGAGAUGAUGACAAUGGCUUGGAAGAAUCGAAGGCUACAUGGUGGUUGAACAGAUUGAUAGGAAGAAAGAAGAAGGUGGAACUAGAUUGGCCGUACCCUUUUGCUGAGGGAAAGUUAUUUGUUCUGACAUUGAGGGCUGGAUUGGAGGGUUACCAUGUCAAUGUUGAUGGGAGUCAUGUUACUUCAUUUUCAUAUCGUACUGGAUUUGUGCUUGAGGAUGCUACUGGGCUAUCACUAAAGGGUGACCUUGAUGUGCACUCCGUUUUUGCUGCCUCCUUGCCCACUUCACAUCCAAGCUUUGCUCCUCAAAAGCAUCUUGAGAGGUUGAGUAAAUGGAAGGCACCACCACUUCCUGAUGGAAAUGUAGAGCUUUUUAUAGGCAUCCUUUGUGCAGGCAAUCAUUUUGGUGAGAGAAUGGCUGUGAGAAAGUCCUGGAUGCAGCAUAAAUUAAUAAAGUCUUUGAAAGUAGUUGCUCGUUUUUUCGUAGCACUGAAUGGAAGAAAGGAAGUAAAUGAGGAGCUGAAAAAGGAAGCAGAGUAUUUUGGUGAUAUUGUUAUAGUUCCUUACAUGGAUAACUAUGAGCUAGUUGUACUGAAGACAGUUGCCAUCUGUGAAUAUGGGGUCCGUACAGUGGCUGCAAAAUACAUUAUGAAGUGUGAUGAUGAUACUUUUGUUCGGGUGGACUCUGUGAUUAAGGAAGCAAAGAAGCUUGGAGACAAAAGCCUGUAUAUCGGAAAUAUGAAUUACUACCACAAACCUCUGCGUAAUGGUAAAUGGGCAGUAACAUAUGAGGAAUGGCCGGAAGAAGACUACCCACCCUAUGCAAAUGGUCCAGGGUACAUAGUUUCUUCAGACAUUGCACAGUUUAUUGUUGGUGAGUUUGAGAAACACAAGCUGCGACUAUUCAAGAUGGAAGAUGUAAGCAUGGGAAUGUGGGUGGAAAAAUUCAACAGUUCUAAGCCAGUGGAGUACCAGCACAGCUUGAAGUUUUGCCAGUUCGGUUGCAUCGAGGAUUAUUACACAGCUCAUUACCAAUCUCCAAGACAGAUGUUAUGCAUGUGGGAUAAAUUACUAAAUCAAGAAAAGCCCCAAUGCUGCAACAUGAGAUGACCAUUAUACAUAGAAUUUAAUAGACAUAGUUUUCACUCACAAGGUGGUAAUUUUGAGAAAGGAAAACAGAGAAACAAAUUUUGUAGUUAUGGUAAAUCUCUGUAUACAUGGGGUUUAAGUUAGAUAUAGUGGGGCUUUUCCUCCUCCCCUUACAAAUUAAUUCAUUACUUCAUUCAUUACUUCGGCCAUUUUGUCUGCAUUUAUACAAUUUCCUUGCCAGUGGCGUUAGCAUCCUCAAUGAAAGAUGAAGUAGCUAGCAGACAUGAUUUAAAUUUUGAUACCUCUAA